GUCUCGCAUAGUUGGUAGUGUAUAGGUAAUGCAUAGAUAUAAUGGAUAGUGAUCUUCUUGCCACUUGUAAUGCUCUUGGUUAUCUUGAAGAUGACAGAUAUUUCAAAGAACCUGACUGCAUAGACACUGUGAAAUGUCUCAUAAGAUUUCUACAUUCGGAGGACAAUAAUCAUGAAAUUCGCAUACAACUCGGAGCAGGGCACAUUGUGCGAAAUGACCUUCUUCCUAUUCUACGUCAAUACCCAGAUGAUGAUGCGUUAUGUGCUGCUGUACUAAGGCUGUUGGUGAAUCUUACUCAACCAGCUCUGUUGUGUUAUGGUAACAAAAUUCCAACAGAAAUUGAUCAAUAUCACAAUUAUCUGGAUAUUUUGUCUCACAGUCAGGAAUAUAAAGAGAAUUUUUCAAAUGACGAAACAUGGAAAGUAUUGGCACAAAAAGUUUAUGAUAUUCUUGAAAAAGAUUGGGAGGACAGAUCACCGGAUGAUUCGAUCACUGUUGAACGUAUUCUUGUAUUAUGUCGUAAUCUGCUGCAUGUUCCUCCAACCACUGAAGAUGACAAUCAGACUGCUGACAAUAUGUCUACACAUGAUAGACUUGUAAUAGCAUUACAUACAUCUGGGAUUGAUUCAAUGGUCUUAUACUUGGCCAGUUCAACAACAGAACAACAAUGGUGUUUACAUGUUGCUGAGAUUAUUUCACUACUGCUUAAAGAACAGAAUGUAGAUGCUCUGAUUGGAAUGAAUAAUGCUCAAGAACGUGAAAGACAGGGAGAUGAGUUAAAACAAUUAAGAUUACAAGAAGAAAAAAGAAGACAGAUGAGAAAAUUACAGCAAAGUUCAAGGCAUUCGAGGUUUGGUGGGACCUAUGUUGCUAAAGGAAAAUCAGCUUUGGCAGAUAAUAAUGAACUUGUUAUUCACAAAUCUCUACAGAAGUGCUCUAACCUUACUUACGAUGAAGGAAAAAAUAAACUUCGUAAAGCAAAACAUAGGAGACCAUUGAUCGAUGGGAAUGUUAAGAGGCGAUCAACUUUAGAAGUCAGAAAAAUAUUAAAAGAAUUUUGCAUCGGACUUCUGAAUAAUGGCUAUAAUCAUUUGAUGUUCAAUGUGAAGGAUAAAUUAAGCAGAGAGAAUUCUGAUGAACACGAUGAAACUUAUUAUUUCAGUAUUAUGAGCUUCAUAAUGGAAUUUAACAGAAAACAUGAAUUUCAUAUUGAUCUUGUGUCUGAAACAAUGCAACUUCCUACUCUUCAUUUCAUCGAUAUCAGUAUUGUCAACUGCAUGGAACUAAUGAUGACUGAUAAGCAGGAAUCUAAGACUUGGGGAAGAAGGAUGCAUCUAGCAUUGCAAGGUUACAAAGAAUUUCUCCUUACUGUACAAACAAUGCAAUCAUCGAAGAAUGAAACUGUUGCAGAGAGUGCCAAAGUGCUAUUGAAUAAUAUCUUCUACACACCAGAAUAUCGUGAAAUUUUUUUGACAUUGCUUCGUAAAUAUGAUGAAUCUAAACUAUCACACGGAUUUCUUGAUGACUUGAUACAAACAACUCAUCUGUUUAUAAGAUUAUUCGAAAACUAUUGCAAAGGCAGUAAUAUUGUAGUACAGAAGAAAAAAGUUAAAAGGAAAACAAAAAAGAAAAAGAGAUCUACAACUACAGCAGCUUCAGAUUCUAAUACUUUGACUGACGAAGAAAAAACAAUCAGGUGGAGUGAAAUUGAAGAAGACGUAAAAACAACCUUGCAGAAUGGUGAUUUACCAGAAGCAGGCCCUGUUUCUGAUCUGUUUGAUCCAACUUCUGAUGUUCCAGAGGAGGAACAACAACAGAAAGCGCUCGUAAAAAUUCAAAACAAACUUCAUUCAAGGACAAUACCAGAAGCAGUCGUGAUAUUGAAACAAGCAAGAGAACUAUGGCCAGAAAUUGACAUAUUUGGAACUUCUGUAUCAACUUGGGAAGACGAUGUUUCGACUCUAAAGGAGAUUUGUUUGGCUGAUAUGACAGGUCUUGCUACAGAUAAUCAAGAAUCAGAAAAUCAGGAAGAAGAACAGGAUGAAGAAGAGGAAGAAGAAUCUAUUCAAACAUCAAGCAGAGAAGUUGAAUUUAAUCUGACUGAUUAUCUUAAAAAAUUUUCAGACUACAAGGUUGUUCAACCAUAUGUGAUAUUAUUGGCAAAAUUCAAAACAAAUUCACAACAUACCAAUCAUUGUAUCGUCAAAUUACUUCAUCGAGUAUGUUACGAUUUAAAAAUGUAUGGGUUGUUAUUUCAAGCUUCUGUAUUUAGAUGUUUUCAAAAGAUUUUCAAAUGUGCAUUACUGGAUCCCACAAUGCGAGAACUGGACCAAUUUGCAAAAUUUAUUGUUCAAAAGUUUUUUGAAGUUCUUCCUAAAAAUGAUAAACUAUUUGCUGAAAUUUUAUUCUGGAAACAAACAAAUGCUCAUGUCUAUGAAUUAGUAGAAGGAUACGGAUCUUUUUCUAAUGCAUCAGGAUCUAAAAAGCCAGUUGUAUGGAGUGAAGCAGAAAAAGAAGAACUUGCUAAUUUAUAUGAUGAAUUUAAAGAUGGAGAAUUAGAUGUUGUUGACUGCAUUCUUGCAAGAAUAACAGAUGAAUCUCGUGCAAGGCGUCAGGUCGUCUCUCAAUUAUUAAAUCUUGGUAUUGCCAAUGAUGCCGCAGAAUUAAAAAGAAAGAAAGGACCAAGACCAACAGUAUGGAGAGAAGAUGAAGAAAUGGAAUUAAGAAGACUUUUUGAAGAAUACCAAAAUUCUGAUGAUCGACUUGGGAACAUAAUGCAAAUGAUGACUUGCAAAAAAUCGAAAGGAAAAGUCAUUGAGAAACUUCUUGCUAUGGGUCUCGUACAAGACAGGAAAGAACUUCAUAAACGAAGGAAGAGAGCAGAAGGAUCAAGUAAAAAUAAAGAAUAUGCCAUAAUGCACGCUGGUGGAUCUGAUGAUUCCGAAAAUGAAGACGCUGUCAAUCGAAAUGAUGAUUCAGAAUCAGAUGAUGAUGAUAGUUGGGCUCUGAUAGAUCUACAAUCAUGCAUCAGAAAAGCAUCAAGUGAUGGAUUUUCUUCACAAAUUGACUGGGUUAAAUCUAGUCUGAAUCAAGCUAUUGAUGAUAGAAGUAAUGCCAACCCAGAUGAAGAAAUUCAAGCCGUACCUCUUGUGCCACUCAUGGAAGAGCAGGAAGACGCCAUGCAAAAUUCUGCUUUCAGAAAAAUGUUACGCUUUAUCGGACUUCAUAAACCUUCGACAGGACAGGAAAUGUUUUGGAGGAUCCCACCUGAUCUAACAGUUGGGGGAUUGCAAGAAUCUGUCCAAAUUUUAUCUCAACCUGUCAAAAGGAAAAGGGAUUCUUCACCUGAAAGGAUUGAAAGUGCUGAAGAUGUUCUAAAGAGAGUUCAGGAAGAAAGUGAUGAUGAGGAACUUUCUCAACAAUCAAAACGAAAGCGAAGAAAUACAUCCGACGAGGAUGAUGAUGAAGUUGGAAAAUCUCGGAAUGAAAUCAACAGACCCACUGAUGAUUCGGAAGAUGUGGAGAAAGAUCUAGUACAAUCUAAAAAUCGUAAGAGAAUUCUGCUGGACGAUAGUGAUGAAGAUUCUGAUGCUAUUUCGCAAGAUUCAGCCAACGCUGUGGUUAUGAAUACUUUGCAGAGCAACUCUGAAAUCCCAGAAGAUGAAGAUGUGAAUGACGUCAUACAACCUAAAAGUAAAAGAAUGGUUAUGUCGGAUGACAGUGAUGAAGAUGACAAAGAAAAUCAGGAUCUUCCUAACAAUGAUAAUAACUCAAGUUCUAAAAACAGUGAAGAAAUGGAAAUUUCGUUUCAACGAAAAAAUCGGAAGCGAAUAUCAGUGAUGGAAGAUGACGAUGAUGACUUUUAAUCAACAUCACAUCGUUUUGUUAGUUAUACCCAUGUCAGUGCUACGGAAAUGUUGACUCCAUCUGCCAUUUUUUAAAUUCCAAUUUUAUAUUGGUAUUUGCAUAUAUGCCUCCCAGGGCUGUGAAUGUCCGAGCUCGAAUUUCAUACCGUCAAUGGUGAUAAUUGAUAAUAAAGGUUCAAAAUUCUUCAGAAACCCAAAAAGUGUUCUAAGUUUUCCAAGCAUUCUUAUAAAGCUCGCAUACCAAUGUUUUUGUUAUCAAUAUUUGAUUUUGUUAUAGUAGGGAGCUGGGAUCGGAGUAAAAUAUCCUAACCUGGAAUCUAUUGCAAAUUUUCCACAGAUUUAUCGGCCCUGGUGUCAGUGCUGAAAAUGUAAUGUUCUGUCUGCUAUCACUGCCUUUUCAAAUUUUUAUUAUCCUACUUUUUCGUUUUUGUCAAUUUUGCAAAUAAUUGCACACUAUGACGUGUUGGUUUCAUCUGUUUCUAGCAGAAGUGUCCUACUUAAGAGGGUAAAAAAAAGCUUCAAUAUGAUGGCACACUAUGA